AGUGGCUCCGCGCGUCAGCUCAAGAAACCUCAACCGGUUCGCUGAAACAUGCAGGAAAUAUAGUUUAAUUCAAUUUCUCAUUUAAUUUAAUUCCGGACAAUUUGCGCCACAUUUCUCUGAUUAUUACACUUCCCCCUCAUUCAAUUCCGGAUAAAGAGGACAAAAAAACUAAACCGAAAACAAAGAACCAACCGAGAUAUAGAGGAGGAGAAAUCGACGGCAAAAUCCAGGUUUCCUUAAUACCUGGGCGUUUCGGCGACUGUUCGCUUUGCUUCAAGCAGCGCGAAGUGUCUCCUUCCCGGCGCCGGCGGCAGUUCUUACCGUGAUUCCGCCCGGCGAGAUGGGUAUCAUCAGCACGAUAAUGGGUUUAUUCGGAUUCGGAGUUGGGACUUCGAUCGGUUGCGCAAUUGGCUACUUCAUGUUCAUCUACUUCCAGCCCUCCGAUGUCAAGAUGGGGGAAGUUGGGAAGUCCCGAGAUCUUGAUCUUUCUAUGUGGCCUUCUUUUGAAUUUCUGCAGGAUCCAGUAGUUCGUCCUCUGGUUGAGCAAGACUCGGAGACUUUGCAGCGGAUGUUCCCGGAAAUACCCUUGUGGGUGAAGAAUCCGGACUACGACAGAGUUGACUGGCUGAACAAGUUCAUUGCACAUAUGUGGCCUUACUUGGAUAAGGCAAUUUGUAAGACUGCAAAGACUAUAGCAAAGCCGAUCAUUGCUGAGCAAAUCCCCAAGUACAAAAUAGAUUCAGUUGAAUUCGAAGCGCUUACGUUGGGCACAUUACCUCCAACCAUUCAAGGAAUGAAAGUUUAUGUCACUGAUGAGAAAGAGUUGAUUAUGGAGCCUGUGGUGAAGUGGGCCGGGAAUCCUAACAUUACAGUUGGAGUCAAAGCAUUUGGCUUGAAAGCAACAGUCCAAGUGAUUGAUUUGCAAGUUUUUGCUUCUCCAAGAAUCACACUUAAGCCCUUGGUCCCUACUUUCCCAUGUUUCGCCAAUAUUUUUGUGUCUCUCAUGGAAAAGCCACAUGUUGACUUUGGAUUGAAAUUGCUUGGAGCAGACGUUAUGUCCAUUCCUGGACUUUACCGAUUUGUUCAGGAACUUAUCAAAGACCAAGUUGCAAUGAUGUACUUAUGGCCCAAAACCUUGGUCGUACCUGUUCUGGAUCCUUCUAAGGCCAUGAGGAAACCUGUUGGGAUUCUUACCGUGAAGGUUGUACGUGCAAUGAAACUUAAAAAGAAAGAUCUGUUGGGAGCAUCAGACCCUUAUGUAAAGGUAAAGCUCACUGAAGAUAAGCUGCCUUCGAAGAAAACUACAGUCAGACACAAGAACUUGAAUCCCGAGUGGAACGAGGAAUUCCAUCUGGUUAUUAAAGACCCCGAAUCUCAAGCUUUGGAGCUUCUCGUUUAUGACUGGGAGCAGGUGGGUAAGCAUGACAAGAUGGGAAUGAAUGUUAUCCCAUUGAAAGAACUUACACCUGAAGAGUCAAAAGUCAUGACGCUCGAACUGCUGAAAAAUAUGGACCUAAACGAUGCUCAGAAUGAGAAAUCGCGUGGUCAGCUUGUUGUGGAGCUGCUGUACAAACCGUUCAAGGAAGAUGAGAUGCCGAAUGCUGUUGAAGAGUCUGAUGGUGUAGAGAAAGCUCCUGAGGGAACGCCUUCUGGUGGAGGCUUGCUGGUGAUCAUUAUACAUGAAGCGCAAGAUGUCGAAGGGAAGAACCACACAAACCCUUAUGCGAAGCUUACUUUCAGAGGAGAGGAGAGGAAAACCAAGCAUGUGAAGAAAAACCGUGAUCCGAGAUGGGACGAGGAGUUUCAGUUUACGCUGGAGGAACCGCCGACAAAUGAGAAGCUCCAUGUGGAAGUUGCUAGCGUCUCGUCGAGAAUUGGUCUAUUACACCCUAAGGAAGUUCUGGGGCACGUGACCAUAAAUCUGGCGGACGUGGUCUCGAACAAGAGAAUCAACCAGAAGUACAAUCUCAUCGACUCGAGGCAUGGCAAGAUCCAAAUCGAGCUGCAAUGGCGAACAUCGUCAUGAUCGGGUUUGGGUUUUCUGAGGGAAAAGUGGAGAGCUUUGUCAUGCUGGAAUUUGUUGGGUGUGGAGGGAUUGUUAGCUGGAACACAGGAACCCUUGUAAAUCUUUCGACUGACCAUUUUGGAAGUCUUUAAUAGAACGACUCUCAGUUUCCCUCAUUUGUUGUCUUUUUGAUCCCUUGUUCUGUUGUGCUCAGAGGAUAGUUUAGUUCCCUUCCUCAUUUCGUUUGCUUCCUAACUGAUUCGGUUCCAAGUUCAUGAAUACAUAUCUUAAUAACUAGCGCCGGGCCUGGCCGAUUGGCCGGGUGUUUGAUUAUUAUGUAUUUUGUAUGUGUUGUUAGUUUGUUACCUAACCCUCUCCAACGUGGAUGAGGGUUUGACUCAAUUUCUCUUCUCGGAGCAAGCUGAUCUUUGCAAGGCAGUUGCCAACUC